AGUCAUAGGUCAACCCUUCUGAGAACUUUUCAAACUGGCAUAAGGGCGCUGUUGGCUGGCAAAGACACAAGGAAGAUGCACUCUACAAGGCAGCAUGUUUAUUUCCUGGAGGAGACUCCAGUCGUUUUCUGUGGGUGUCAGCUGAUUGACAGGAGGCAGCGUGUCAUGUGUCCAUCUGGAGGAAGCAGAUUUUCAUGUUCUGGUUCUGUGGUGUGAACAGGACAGCAGCUGUGUGGGUGCUAAGAAUGAAAAUCCACCAGUUAGCAGGCUGAAGGCGGUCCUGGAGCAGAUGGACCGUGGUGUGGUGGACCUGCAGGAGCUCCGGAGGCACUUGGAGCUUGCAGCUGCCAUGCUGGAUGCUGUUUACACCGAUGAGACCAGGCGCCUGCUGGACACUGAGGAUGAGCUCAGUGACUUGCAGGCGGAGUCGGUGCCAAGCGAGGUGCGUGACUGGCUGGCGUGCACCUUCAGCAGGAAGAUGGGUGUGGCCAAGCGUCGCCCUGAAGAGAAGCCAAGAUUCAGGAGCAUUGUUCAUGCAGUACAGGCUGGGAUAUUUGUAGAGAGGAUGUACAGACGGACGUCCAACAUGGCUGGUCUGACCUAUCCUCCCACAGCUUUGACAGCUCUGAAGGAGGUGGAUCAGUGGUCCUUUGAUGUCUUUGCCUUCCACGAGGCCACAGGAGAGCACGCCCUCAAGUUCCUAGUCUACGACCUUCUGACCCGCUAUGACCUCAUCAACAGGUUCAGGAUUCCUGUGCAGGCUCUGGUGCAGUUUGUUGAAGCGCUUGAGAACGGUUACAGCAAACACAGGAACCCCUACCACAACCUCAUCCAUGCUGCUGAUGUCACUCAGACAGCCCACUUUCUGAUGCUACACACUGGACUGAUGCACUGGCUGAGCGAGUUGGAAAUUCUUGCAAUGGUUUUUGCCGCAGCAGUUCACGACUUUGAACACACAGGAACCACCAACAACUUCCACAUCCACACCAGGUCGGAAGUGGCCAUUCUGUACAAUGACAGGUCAGUGCUGGAGAACUAUCAUGUCAGCGCUGCCUACAGGCUGAUGGCAGAAGAAGACAUGAAUAUCCUGGUCAACCUGAACAAAGAUGACUGGAGGGAGCUGAGGUCUCUGGUGAUAGAGAUGGUGAUGUCAACAGACAUGUCCUGUCAUUUCCAGCAGAUCAAGACCAUGAGGAAUGCCCUAACACAGACACACAGUAUAGACAAAGUGAAGGUUUUGUCUCUGAUGCUUCAUGCUGCAGACAUCAGCCAUCCAGCCAAAGCAUGGCCACUGCACUACCGCUGGACCCACAGUCUGAUGGAGGAAUUUUUUAGACAGGGAGAUAAAGAGGUUGAACUUGGGCUCCCGUUUUCUCCUCUCUGUGACCGUAAAGCUACCAUGAUUGCCCAGUCUCAGAUAGGUUUCAUAGACUUCAUUGUGGAGCCAACCUUCAGUGUACUGAUUGACACGACAGAGAAGGUGAUUGGUCCUCUAAUAGAAGAGGACAGGAAGGCCAGAGAGACUGGAAACAGGAGAUCCAGUCUAACAGGAAGUGGUUCAGUUACCGUGGAGUCAGUGCAGAGACACAGUAGUGUUCGCCAUGGGAACAGUGAUGACGGACAGAUGGACUUUUCCCUGACAGCCAUUGAUCUGCCGGCACUGAAGCUGCACCUCUCUGGUGUCAUUACCAGCAACAAGGACAGAUGGAAAGAACUAUCUGUGCACGAGCUGGCCAGCAAGGCGCAAGAAGAAAAAGAAAGUGUGGACCUCCAAUCACAUGCCUCAACCAGCCACCGUAACCCUGCCGAUCAGCCACAGAACUCUGACUGCUCACCUCCUGGUGAAUCUCAUGACAAGUCACCAGACCAAAUGUUGAAUGGGGAGGCCCCAGAGGAGGAGAAAGAGGAUGAUGAAGUGCCUGAAAACGCCUGACUGCCCUCUGCCAAACGUACCACUGUAUUUGACUGUGGCAGACGACCCUGGCAACAGGGCGUUGCCGUGCAGAGUUCACACUCUCUGUUUAAACACAGCAGCUGACUAAGUGGUCCUUCAGUGACUUUGAAAAGGGCCACUAGACCUUUGUUUUUUUACAACUGACCAUGAAAAUAUCACAUUCAGAGUGAAAAGAUUCAUUAGAUAACAGCUUCUUAGCAGCUUCAUGGCCCAUUAACCGUGGUGAAAAUGUUUUGUGAUUUUAUUAGAGAUUCAGAGGAAUGCUGUCUGUGAAAUAGAUGUCAUCAUUUAAAUAAAAACAGAGGCAGGCAGGUAGGUCAAAACCAAAGAGUGUGGAGCGGCUGAAAAACCCUAUUCAGGGAGAUGGGAGACUGAAUGUCUGUUAUUAGGAAUAAUAAUUAACUGAGCUGUUAAGAAGCAGUUGUCAAGGUUUUGUUAAUGCAGCUGAGCACAACAACAGGUGUGAUGUUUUAAACUUAUAAUAUGAGUGUGAAAAGUGAUUGCUGCUCUGUUCUUUGUUCCUGCUCCUUUUUAUCUCACACUUCUACCCAUGAUGUCAAACAAAAACAUGUUGGAUGAUGUUGCAGCAGUUGUUUAUCGUACCGCCUAAGUAGCAAGCUAAAUGGGGCCGAUUGCAUAUUGGCAUAAUUAACUAUGCUGAGAUUAUUAAUACCAUACAGAAUUAUUUCUUCUGGCCUGCAGGACUUAGGCUAUUUUUGGGGGCUAAACAGUCACGAUGCUUUUGAAAUGCACAGUAUAAAAAUGUAUUAUCAAAUUUCAGUUAUUUAUGUUUUGCCAAAAUCAGUUUGGUUAUAAAAAUCAUACAAUGAGCUUAAUUAGCUUAGUGGUAAAUGUAGCUAAGCAAAAAACCAUACAGCCAUUGUGUAGAAGGACAGAGUCUGGAUGUUAUUCACAGCUUGUUUACACCAUUAGUGGUGUCUUAUUUGAUUCAACAGCAUUUCAUUGAAACUGAAUCACUCUUUCAAUUCAUUUUCUUAUCAAAUCUCAAUUACAACUUGAAGAAAUAUUAUGAUAUAAUAUUCAUUAACCCCGCCCUGACUAUUUCUGCUGGUCUAACAUGCCUCCUCAAAGUAAUAAAAAUUAAAUUAAAUUUUGUAUUAUAUGCAUAACUAAUGUUUGCGUGCACAAUGUAGUGAACAUUACCUGGAGGUGACCUAGUUGCUGCUCUGCUGCAGUUCACAGAUGUCACAGAUCACAGAAUAUGAUUUGACAGCUGUCAUGAGCUGCUGCUCAAAACUCGAAUAAUCUAAAAUAUCACAUGUUCUUGCUUCCACAUUUUACAGUAUACAUUUCAACAAAUUCUAGUUUAACAUUAAACAAUAUGCUAUUAAUACACUACAUGGAAACAGCAUGUAAUUUAUUAUUUCUUUUCCACUUUUGACAUUAAGCUGAUAUUGAAUUUGCUUAUUUAAUUAGUAUCUUUUUAAAUGUUUACUGGUUAGGUAGAAGGUGAAGGGGGGAGCUGUACUUAAGAAAGCUAAUAGAAAGAAUUAGCUCCAAGGUGAGAGGCUUGGUAACUAAAGAUUAACAAAGAUUUAAUAAGGGAUUUGCUGGCUGCUAAGCCUAACCAAGUAUUCUGCAAUCUCCAAAAAAGACAUCAGAGCUCAUCUGUAGGAUCAAAUCAGAGUCAGUUCUGUGUUAGAACUGAUUGUAAUAAAUCUGAGCCCUGACUGAAGAGUCUGUUUCACUUGAAAAAUGUGUACAUACGGAAGCUAAAAAGCUAUGACUGCCAUUCAGCUGGCUUUUCCUUUUCCAUGGCUAAUAGCAGUAAAAAAACAAAACAAAACAAAAAAAACACACACAAUUUGUUUGAACGCACAGAGAGCAGAGCAGCAGCAGUGAAUUGGUGUGAAUUUCUUUACAUGUUUACAUGUGACCUUUUUUUAAAAAAAACAAAACAUGGGCCAUCUUAUCGUAUUCUGGGCCAAUGUACCCAUAGGAUAGCAUUACACUGUAUUCUCCAUCAUUGUAGAGAUUGUGGAGAUUAGCACUAUGAUGGAAAAUGAUGACGAACACUGAGUCCAAGGAAGUGUGAUCAUGAGUAAAUAAAUAAGAUUUACCUUUAAAUCGACAGCCCAGAGUUCAGGCAGCUCUUGUUGUUCCUGUGCUCGGCCCCUGUCGCUCCUCUUGGCUGUGAAUAAAGAAAAGUGCCAUAGAAUCAACACGGUGACAAGAGAAACACCAGUUUCUAUAGCAAUGAGUCAAAGGCCGGAGCCAAAAUGGCUGAAAGUCAAAGCUCUUUAGAUUCUGUGAGCACUGUGUUUGUUAAUGCAAUGUGUGCUAUAGUUAUUGUGUGCUCUUUGACUCUGUGUGUGGGUGAGAUUUUGAGUGUGAGUUUGUGUGAGAGAAAGUGUGAGAGUGUGCACUGUAUACUGUACAGUUGUUUUCUGUAUUAUUGUAUUAAACAUUCACAA